CUGUGACGGUCUUGUUUGAACAGUAACUUGUUAUUCUCUCCCAUCUGCAAUUUAGGCUUAUAUUAACCCUAUUGCAGCGGCACGAGCAAGGGGUCCAGUGCAGAGUUCAGGGCCCAGCAUACAGGAUUACCUGAGCAGACCACGUCCAACUUGGGAGGAACUAAAAGAGCAACUCGAUAAAAAGAAAAAGGGCUCUCGCGCCUUGGCUGAUUUUGAAGACAAAAUGAAUGAGAGAUGGCGCAAAGAACUGGCAAAGAACAGGGAAAAGUUAAUUGGUGCAAGGGAGAAUCAAAAGGAAAGGAAGGCCACAGAGCAGAGGGACAAGCACAAGAGAGAGAGGAAGAAGGAGAAGCGGCGGUGCAGCAGGCACUCUUCAUCAUCCUCCUCCUCCUCCUCGUCUUCUGAUUCUUUCAGCAGCUCUUUGUCCCAGUCUGAAGAUGAGGAUGAAAAGCCUGUAAAAAAGAAACGGAAAAGAAAACGGCUAACAUCAGACUCUUCAGAAGACUAUAAUGUUGAAAGCAAGGAGUCCAAGAAGAAGAAAAGUGAAGAAAGAGUCAAGAUUUCUGACAAAUCCAAGAAAAAGAAGAAGCAUAAGAAUCGCAGCAGGAAAAAGCAAGUCAAGACCACGUCUCAGUCUGACUCAGAACUCGAGUAGUGCACACAUGGGUUGUGGUCAUGUGACCUCACCACAUUCUACAAUCUGUAGUUUAAAACUGAGCUAGAGGGCAGGUCAAAAUUUGAUGGUAGAGUUUGUAACUGGUCUAGGUCUCUAGCUAGUGUACAUACAGCAAAAACUGGCACUAAGUUCAAUGUCUUCAGCAUACUUUAUUAUUCAUGUUCUCACAAGAAAAAAAUGUCACAAGAUUGUGCAAUUUUUUUUCAUCAUUGUUUACAUUUUCUUUAUAUAAAACUUUGCUCAGUUACAUCUCUUGAGUAGCUUGUUCAAAAAACUCUGCUACAGUAACAGCAAAAAUAUCCAGUAAAAUUAAAAAUAAUGGGGCCAAAAUUGUGAUGAAAACUGCACAAUUAUUUAUUUGAAAUUAUGUCAAAAUUGUAUCUUGUCUCAUUCUUGGUGUCCCAAUUGUGUCUUGUGGAAAUGUUGCUCAACAAUAAUGACAUGACAUAAAUUUGUAUUUUAUUUAAAUGUCAUUUUAUUUUAUUUUUUCUUCCAAAAAGCGUGACUCCAGUAUAGGCCCCCUGCCCUCUAUCUGACAUUAAAUUGUAGUACAUGAAUGCAGUUUAAGUAGAUGUAGGGCUGUAUGCUAGUGCCUGUCUGCUACAUGUGAACCCAGUCUCACAGCCUCUUUUCUCAAUACAAUGGAACAGAAUAACCAGUGUGUAUGUGUUGGGAGGUAUCUGCUUCUUCUGUGUUGUAUGUAUCUUUUUUGUCAAUGUUCAGGCUGCCUAGAAAGCUCAUUUACUCAAUCCAUAUUUUUUUUUGUAUAUAUACUUUUUUAUUUCUAUAUAUCCAUUCAUGUAGGACUCAGAGCAGUAUUUUCUGCUCUGUGUUGUGUUGGGGGGAAUAUGAAUUAAUCUGUUAAAUUGAGGCUCCACCUGGUGUUGGGUCUUGGUGGUGUGUUGUUUCACUUUACAUCUGAAUUAAAGAAUCCCUCCCACUUGACCAUCUUAACUGUUUCAAGUUAAGAGGGUCAAGAAAGUGGAAGUAUAAAACUGGUAUUUUAAUUUAAGAGUAUUGUGUUCAAAUAAGAGGCCAUGUCAGCCCAAAAUAAUGCCAAUUCUAUUGUUCAGCGGUCUCUAUAAUCCCUUAGUUGUCCAGGUAGGUUCCAUUUUAAAACAAAAUUGAAUACGGUCAACUGGACAAAAGUUUAAGAAUAAGAAUACAUUUAACCACUCAGAGGCUUCUUCUGGUUAGAUUGCUGACCAGUAACCUGGCAGAUGUGAGUCUUGGAGCAGUGGUGAAACAUUUUUACUGCAAAAACUUUGGCUAUUCCUCAGCUGUUUGUUUUCCUGCGUGAGGUUUAUUCUCUACACAUAUGCAUAUGAUUUAAUAGUUUAUAUCAGCAAUGUAAUCUAGUAAAACUUGAAAGGUAAAUGGCUUUUGUUAAAAAAUAUUUUAAACCCUUAACAAUUCUAAAAUGUAUUAAUUUUAGAAAUAACACUGAUUUCAAAUACAUAAAAAUUACAACUUUUUUCAGAUUUUUGGUCUAUUAAAAUGCAUUAGCAGUAUUGUCUGCAAAUAGUUGCACAUGUUUUAAAAAAAUAUUUAGAGCAAAUAGUAUAAUUUGUGUUUUUGGGUUUUGUUUUGUUGUCCCAAAACUCUGUGAUAUUAUUUUAGUCUCAAGGUUCUCAGUGUUCACAGUUAAACAAUAAAACAAUAACACAUUCA